AUGCAUCAUGGAAAUCUUCAUGAAUGGCUGCACUCAAACGAGGAUAAGGCGAAGAUUUUGGACUUCCCUCUUAGAGUUAAAGUUGCACUUGGGAUAGCAAAAGGCCUGGCUUGGCUUCAUCAUGGGUAUGAAUUACACGUUACUCACGGAAGCAUAAGCACACGGUGUAUCUUGCUAGAUCAAAAUUUUGAAUCGAAAAUAUCCAACUUUUGGGAAGCAAAAUUUUGGAGUAAGAAUGAUACUGCAUUAAGUUGGAGUCUUUUCCCAGUAGCUGGAUAUUCAGGUUUAGGUUCUUACAAGCAAGACAUCUACUGCUUUGGUGUUGUGCUUCUCGAGCUUGUAACAGGGAAGGAGCCACAUGAAUUGACCAGCUCAAGAAAUCUAUUUGAUCACUCGCCUAGUCUACUUGAUGCAGAUAGAGAUUUGCUUGGGAAAGGAAUCAAUGAUUUGAUCCUCCAAUUUCUAGAGUUAGCUUGUGACUGUGUGAAGUUUUUUCCUAAUGAAAGGCCGACGAUGCUGGCAGUGUAUGAAAAACUCAAGACAAUUUCUCAGGGUCGAAACGACCAGCUGUAA